UCAGUGCAAACCACUUCUAUUUAGCCUUUCAUUCCAGUUCCAUACUCUGUGCUGUCCGAAAGUUCCAAGAUGGGAUGUGCCUCUAGUGUCGAUAGGGAUUCUGGGACCACACCGUCUGCAAAGACAAAAGAAUCCUCCGUACAUGACAGGCGCAAAACUCCAGCGCCGCCCGGCUUGGGCUUGGGCUCCAGUUCGAGCGAUGCAUCUGACGUCGCCUUCGACUCCGCACCGGGGGCUAAGGCCGCAAGCGUGACAGGCCUGUGCAGAACCUCCAGCGGCGCAGCCCUUGAGACAUCGGCGCCACUCGCGGCUGCAGUAGCUGAGCUUUCCAAUGCCAUUUCCGAGCUGGAUGCCCUGGCCUUUCAGGACAAGAAGCAGCCGCCGCAAGGGCCCCAGCUCGUGGCAACGCUGCGUGCGUUUGCCGUUGCCGCCGACAACGCACACCGCCACGGCACCCUGGCGCUGGCGCACUGCCGGCUCGUGCAUCUGGCCGUGCGGGACCUGCUGGUAGCUGGCAGGGCCGGCUGCCUAGACGCCGUGCUGCAGCUGAGCGUGUCUCAGGACUUGCAGCAGGCACUGGUUGCAUCCUGGUGCUUGCUCGAGGUGCUGACGGAUGACGGUUCCUAUCUGGCAGCUGCGCUGUCCCGCUUUGCAACUGCCUUCACCAUGCGCACCGCAUUCUCGCCAACUACGGCAACCACCGGCAAGGCCAAGAGCGUCAGCGAUCCAGACGACGGUGAGCUGCCUACAGCCGCUGCCGCAAGCGGCGCGAUGCUGGCUGCUGCAGUACAGCGCCUGAACGCAGAGGUGCUGGGCAAUGCGGUGCGCGGCGGCGUGGCGGCUGCGGGUGGCGCGGCUUCGGCGACGGCGCUGCAGCAGGCGCACCAGGGACUGAAAGCGGCGCAGUCCGGGCUGGUGGAGGCAGUUGCAGUCCUCAGGCGACGUGUGGAAGAGGGCAGUGGCGCGCAGCUACCACAGCAGCCCAAGCCGGAACCAGUCGUGGCCACGGCAGCAGUCACGCGUGGCGAGCAGGACGGCGGUGGGGGCGGCGAACCAGAUGGCCGCGAGGGCGGUGCUGCCGCUGCGGCCAUCAAGAGCACGGGCGAUGCUGCGGAUGUUCUGGAGGUGCUGCGGGCGUUCAUGGACAAGUGCCGCGUGCUGAAGUCGGGCGGCGGCAGCAGUGGGUCCGCAAGCAGUGGCAGCAGCGGCGGUGGGGCUGGCGCAUGUGACCCGAGCAAUGCCACCGGUGAUGACCUGAAUCUCCCGGAGUCUGUCGUGGCGGCUGCAGAGGCCCUAGAGCAAAUGCAACAGGCGGUGGAGGACUGCCCGCAACAGCAGUGGCUGCUGCUGCGCCAGCCUGGCGCAGGUGCCAACGGCCUGGCCGCCGACGGCGCCGGUGGCCCCAACGACGCCGCCGACGGCGUCAGUUUCGCAGCAGGCGGCGGAAGCGGGCAGGCACUUGAGGCGUCGCCGUCGGACCGGGCGGUAGGCUACCGCUUCGUGCUGGCACCCAACCAACCCGAAUCCUCGGAGCUCGGUAAAUCGGCAUCAGUGCCGACGCCGUCGCGGCCGCGCACCGCCGCUCAGCGGCCCUCCGCGGCGCUUCGCCAGUGCAUGGCGUUCGUGCCACGAGUGGAGCGCCGUGCUGUGAUGGGGCACAUGGAGGUGGUGCGUGGCCACGUGUGCAGCUUCCAGCCGCGCUUCCGAGUGCGUGUGCCGGAGCUGUCGCCGGUGCCGCUGGAAGGGGCCGGGGCCUCGGUGGGGGCAGUGGAGGGUGCACAGGCGGGCGGCGGCGAGGCGGGGGGCUAUUUCGUGGUUUGCGGCGGCCACGCGGGGCACUUCAAGGGGUACGAGCAUGUGGUGGAGCCGCUUGAAUGAGGCCAGUGAAGAAGUUGGAAAGGGAGGCUGGAGGGCGGUUCUACCUGAUGUUUGGCGCGGUUGACUGCGCAUGCCGUAUGUGCUGACGGAUGCCGUUUUGGGGAUGACUGGAUGGCGAGGGGCAAACAUGCCGCCAGAAGCAGCCAUCAGCAGGGCACAGUGCCACGUCCAAUGUGGCAAGCUGGUCGUUCAAAGAUGCACAUGAAUUUUGCUUUUCAUGCGUACCGUAGCAGCUC